AUGUCAUUAUCGUCAGGUGAAGAAGAUCUCGACUGCCCUUUGUGCAUGGAAGAGAUCGACAUUACGGACCGUUACUUCAAACCAUGUCCGUGUGGAUACCAGAUAUGUCGGUUUUGUUGGAACCACAUAAAGGAGAACCUGAACGGCUUGUGCCCCGCAUGUCGACGACCAUUCUCGGAAGACAGUGUCGAGUUCAAGCCCGUACCCGCCGAAGAGAUUGCUAGGAUUAAAGCGGCGAAGAAGAGAAAGGAGAGGGAAAGGAAGGAGCAAGAUCAGUUGGCGAAGAGGAAUCUUGCAAAUGCCAGAGUUGUACAAAAAAAUCUGGUGUAUGUCCUUGGGUUGCCACCAAGGCUAGCAAGCGAGGAUCUUCUGAAGGGGUCAGAGUAUUUUGGGCAGUAUGGAAAGAUCCUACGUGUCGUCGUAAAUCGGCGAGCGCACGGGCAUACCCCAGUGUUGGCACAAGUGCCAAACACGGGCGUCUAUAUCACCUUCGCUAGAAAGGAGGACGCAGGAAAGGCCAUUGAAUCCGUUGACGGAAGUGUAUAUGAUGGGAUGAUCAUUCGUGCAACGUACGGGACAACAAAGUAUUGCUCAUACUUCCUGAAGAAUCAAGCAUGUCCAAACCCCGCUUGUCAGUUUUUACAUGAGCCCGGAGAGGAACCCGACUCCUUCGCUAGGGAUGAGCUGAGGUCAGUAUUGGAUCAGUAUCGGAUAACGUCACGAGUGUGCUUGGGCCUUCACUCAUCGAAUCUAUAG